AUGACGAAUCCAAAGAUGCCGUACUUUGCUUCGUCAGAGUUUGCGGGUCAAACUUGCAUGCAGAAUGAGACGUUGCACGUGACGACUAAAAUGAUCACGGUUAUGACUGCUGCGAUGUUGCAGCAGAGCUCGACACCGACGUAA